UUGGUUGUUCUACACAUCUCUGCCAUUCUGAUCUGUGAAUAGUGGCAGGGAUCGUAACGUGCCUUUUUUCGAGCACCUGCACUCUGUCUUUCGAAGUUCUUCACCUCCUGAUGACUGCAGAAAUACGAGCAUCUUGACACCAGGACGAUCCAAGUAAAGGCGCAAUUAUCAUUUUAGAUCCAGGAAGUCUGACAACAGAGUCAUUAGCAUGUCGAUCUUCGAAUACAAUGGUGCUGCCAUCGUGGCGAUGGCUGGAAAGGAGUGCGUUGCGAUUGGGAGCGACCUGCGAUUUGGUGUGCAGUUCCAGACGCUAGCCACCGACUACAAGAAGGUGUACAAAAUCCAUGACAAACUCUUCAUCGGCUUGGCAGGCCUGGGCACAGACGCGCAGACGAUGCACCAGAAGCUGAAGUUCCGGCACAACCUGUACAAGCUCAGAGAGGAGCGCAACAUCAAGCCAUCUACUUUUGGGGAGCUCGUGUCGUCCAUGCUCUAUGAGAAGAGAUUCGGCCCCUACUUUGUCUCGCCGGUGAUAGCGGGCCUGGAGGAUAAGACGAAUGUCCCCUACAUCUGCGGCAUGGACACCAUCGGAGCCAUAGAGACCGCGAAUGACUUCAUGGUUGCUGGCACCGCCCCUGACUCCCUCUACGGCAUGUGCGAGUCCAUGUUCCGGCCAGACAUGGAGCCAGAGGAGCUGUUUGAGACGGUGACGCAGUGCCUCAUGUCUGGCGCAGACCGCGAUGCCCUCUCGGGCUGGGGAGCUAUCGUCUAUGUCAUAACCAAGGAUGCCGUGGUUGCGCGGACGCUCAAGGGGCGCAUGGACUGAGUCAGCGCUGAGUCAUCUGGUGCGCCAAUCAGUCAGCGCAUGAACUGAGUCAGCGCCGAGUCAUCUGGUGCACCAUUAGUCAGCGCAUGGACCGAGUCAGCGCUGAGUCAUCUGGUGCACCAUUAGUCAGCGCCGCCGCUUGUGCAUCUGCCAAGAUCUUGUCGAAUCUGAGCCGCCAAGGGGUAAUCUUCAGUGGCCUCUGAAGCUGCCACUGAAAGGCUGGAAAUCUUCUCAACGGACUUGGUUGAAGGGGAAUGAGAGCAUGCGGGGCCAAAAUUGAUGCAGCAGCAUCGGGUCUGGUGUUCGAGCCACUGCAAUUCUAGUGCGCAGCCUUCUUGUUCCCGGUAAGACAUGCUGUGCCUUGUGGUUUGUUGCAGCAUUGCACAUGGCAUGGCAACUGCUAUGAUGGCGGAGUGUCAGAUGCAGUCAGUGACAGGCUUGCAAUACACUGAGGUUGAGCAACAUCAAGCAUUGCUGGAAACGUGGUGGUACUCGGUGCUGUUGUUCGGGGCAAUCCAAUAUCGGUCGAAGUGCAGUACAGCCGUUGCGUACUGCGCACAUGCAUGUUCAUCAAUGCCAUGCUGAGGUUUUUUGGGAUCUCACAGCGCUACCAAUCACCAUUCCCAUGAAUCUUUGCUUGCAUAGAUACCGACCGCAAAAGUGAAUACCUGGCGCAUAUGCAUCUGCUUUUUGAAAGAGAUUUUUUCAUC